AUGAAGCAGGAUACGGCCCCCCAGUACGAGAGCUUCGUCAACCCGAGUGACCUGCUCAAAUGGGUUGAAGAACAGCCUGAAGAGUCAUGGACUUCUAUCGCGCAAGAUGUGUUUGACCAUCUCCUGUCUCUGGCCGCCCAGCCCAAGGGCGUCUCGGGAAACUCCUGCGUGAAGCUUUGCGGGUUUGUCGAGCAGAGCUCAAAGUCGGACAAGCCGGCGCUGCGGCAAUGGGCCUUCUCACAAGAGCCUAGCCUGCGGCUGUUCAACUUCUACAUCAAGUGGAAUGAGACGGAGCAGCACCGGUCCAUGAAGCUGGUCCUGGACCUGCUGCCCUCGCUCAUCCGCCGCAACCCGGACCCGGUCGCCGCCGAGACCGUCAAGACGACCGUCCUCGACACCCUCAUCUCCAUCAUCGGGCCGCAGUCCACCAAGCCCCUGCUCAAGUCAUCGCUCAAGGCCAUGGACCACUUUGCGUCCAAGUCCGUCUUCACUGUCGACGACAUCGCCGCGAGCUACCGGCGCACGCAACCGUCGUGCAGCUGGGCAUCCGACAUUGGGCUGUGGCAGGACUUCUUCGGCCAGAUGCUCGACUGGAUGACCAUGCACUAUGUCUGCCCCACCGCGGGCAAGUUCAUCGUCACCAUUUUCAGGGCGCUGCGGCAGCGAUCACUGAAGAGCCCGCAAGCCGCCGCGGCCGAGCCGUUCAGCGUCGAGACGUGGCUCCGCUGGGUGCAGGCCGCCAUCUCCAAGACGCCGUCUCUCCUGGAGGGCAUCAAGACGUAUGUCUUUCUCCCGCUGUUCAAGGACGAACGCAAGGAUUCGGUUCAGAUCCUGGAGCAGAUCAACAGCAUGUGGUCUGCGUCUGGCUCGGCGGUAGCCGAGCUGGACACGUUGGCCCAGCUAAACCUCGCCGUUCUCGAAGUCGGCAAGAAGGUCGGCAUGGUCGAGGAGCCCGGUGCCAUCUACAGAGAGGAGUCCUCCUCGGUAAUCCUGGAAGAGAGCGUGCUUGAGAGGGUACUCUCUCACCCUUCCCACGAGCUCCGCUCGCUAGCGCUGUCGCUCACCGUCGCCUCUCCCUCUACGACAAGGCCGUAUUCCCCGGUUGCUCUUCGUCUUUUGCAGGCCCAUCUACCAACGUAUUUCUCAGAAUCGGACGCCAAGUUCCGCAUGGAGGUGCUGAGCAAGCUGAAGGACAUGUUCAAGCGGAACAGGGGUGCCAUCUUCAUCAUCACCAAGAGCUUGGCCCGCCUCAAGGCCUUCGACGGUGCGGCCGCCGCAGCAAAUGGCGCGCCGAAACCCGCCCCCAAGGCACCGAAGCAGGCAAACCACCGGACCAACAUUCUGUUCUGGCCCGAGGACAAGCUGCGAGAGAGCCUGAAGCAGCACGAGGAGUUCCUGGCAUGGUACAUUGCCUUCCUGCGGUCCGAGUUGAUCCCCACCGCGUCGUUCCAGCGUCACUUCACGUCUCUGCGGGCAGUUGCCUUCGUCCUCAAGCUCGAGGCCGACCUCGCCAAGACCUGGGAGACAGAGGACGACGACGUUCUUUUCUUCAACCUUUUUGACGACAGAUGGACACGCACGCUUCUGGACCUAAUCAUGGACCCCUUUGACGACGUCCGAGAAAACGGCACGAGCGUCCUGAAGGGCCUGUUCGCCGAUGAGCGCUUCAAGUGCCUCGUCGGCACGCAGGGUGUGUCGCACACCCUUGAGGAGUUCUUGUCGAGAGCCGAGGACAUCGCGAGGAGGACUGCCCGCGCCGACCACGCCGACGGCGUUGCCCGGACGAACGAGCUGCUUUUCAGGUUCUACGACGGCAGGACCGCGCAGAUUGCGCACAUUUCCAAGUUGGUGGACCUUCUCGAGAGCAAGCUCACGCUCGCCGAGGCUGACUUGGGCAACGCCGUGCUGGAGGCUCCCGUUCACGGCUACUUCGCGUCUCUUCGCUACAUUUGGCAAGCCGCUGCCGAUAUGAACUUCACGCAGUCCGAACUCGAAUUGAUGACAUCACUCCAAGGCCGCAUCGUCAUGUGUUGCCAACGUAUUUGGGCCGCAGUCAGGGACAUCCUUUGUGACGACUCACCCGAAGGUCACCUGCCGCAGGAGCUCGAGGACCUCGAAGGCCUCGAUACCAAGGAUUUGCUGAGCUACAGCUUCCGCGCCAUCCACGAGUCUAGCGCCUUGAUGCGCGUCAUGGUCCUGUCGCUCAAGACCAAGGCCAAGGAGGGGACCAUGCGUCCCUCGACGGAGCUCUUCACGGCCGUCGGCUCGUUGACAUUUGACCAGCUUUCCAGUCUGCGGCACCGCGGUGCAUUCAACACGGUCUCCCUCUCGUUCGCGACCUGCUGCCAGCUGGUCAAGCACCUAGACGACCCGAAGGCCGGUCAUGGAGGUGACGAGACUCUCCUCGACAUCUGGUACAAGGGAACCAAGGAGUGCAUCUUCGCCCAGGCGUCCACCACGCGACGCUCCGCCGGCAUCCCGGCCAUGAUCACGGGCAUCGUCUCCGCCAACGCCCCCCGGCCGUCGUUCGACAAGGUCAUCGAGGAGCUCGUGACGAUCGCGCAGAAGCCUGCCUACAACUCCGAGUCGGACGGGUCCAAGCUGCCCCAGGUCCACGCCCUCAACUGCCUCAAGGACAUGUUCAAGAGCUCCUUCAUCACCCAGCUCGGCAAGUCCGCGCCUCACAUCCCGGGGUGCCUCGAGCUCGCGGCUAGCAGUCUCAAGUCGGAAGUCUGGGGCAUCCGCAACUGCGGCCUCCUCUUCCUCCGCUCCCUUCUCGACAACCUCUUCGGCACGAACGAGAGCAAGGCCACCCUCGAAGCCGGGUGGGACGGCAAGACGACACGCCUGCAGUACCACAAGUACCCCGUCCUGCCCGGCGUCCUCCUGAACCUCCUCCGAUCCGGCCGCGAGGUCAUGAAGCCCACCACCCUCGGCAGCACCAUCGCCGCCGAGUCCGUCUUCCCGGCCCUCGACAUUCUCCGCCGCGCCGGCCCGCCCGACGCCUCGCGCGACGAGCUCUACGGCCUCGUCGCCGGCUACCUCGCUAGUCCCGUCUGGCACGUCCGCGAGAUGGCCGCCCGCGCGCUGUGCUCGUUCCUGCUCAAGGACGACGGCUGGGUCGCCGCCGCCGCCGCCAUCGUCGGCGACGCGCUGGCCGCCGCGCCCGCGAGCAGGAACAACCACAUCCACGGCGCGCUGCUGACCGUCAAGGCCGUCUUCGAGCGGCUCUCGGACGUCGCCCCGCGAAAGCUGUCGUCCGCCGUCCCGCGCCUGGCCCAGAUCCUCUCCAAGAUCGAGGCCGGCGACCCGGAGGCCUUUGAGCACUGCCCCGACAUCCGCGCCGCCCACCUCGAGGUCGAGAACCUCGUCUCCCUCUUCGCCCUCUCCCACCCGAUGCCCGAGCCUGCCGCGCACCUCUUCACCACCCCCGAGUCGGGCCUCUAUUGGGAGCAUAUCCCGCUGUCGAGGAGUCCGCGCGGUACUCGGCAGCUGCUAGAGUCGAAGAGUCCAUGUGACCCGCGCGCCGCGGCCCUCGACAACCUCGCCGAGGUCCUCGACCUCGUCCUCGCCUCCGCGGGCCCCGACGCCAGGCAACCCCCCGCCGGCCUCCCGUCCGCGGAGAAGCUCGUCGGGCUCUGGCAGGACCUCGUCUCCAAGACGAUGAACCCCAACCUCUACAACGCCGUCGUCCGCGCCAGCGGCCCAAUCAUGGCGGUCCUCGCCGCCUCCCCGUCAGCGGACAACGCGGCGCCCGCGCGCGCGCUUCGCGGCUGGGGCCGGAUGAUGUCCUCUGCCCUUGUCGACUCCCGCCCCUUCGACACCCGCAUCGCCGCGACGGCGUCUCUCGCCUCCUUCUUCGCCUCGUCAUCAGCCGCUGCCGAUGCCGCCGACGAGGCCGCUCGCCUCCCCGCCCUGGUCGCCCUCUACGACGCCCUCAACGACGACGACGACGAGGUCCGCGACCUGGCCUCCGUCUCCGCGGGCCACGUCCUCGCCCGGCCCCUCGCCGCCCUCGACGCCGCCCCGCUGCUGCUCGUCCACAUCGCCCGCGACUACCGCGACGCCCCCGCCUUCCACGCCCUCCUGGCCUCCCGCCUCGCGGGCCACAGCAGCGAGGACGCGUGGGAGCCCGCGGAGGCGCAGCUCGCCACUGCCCUCCGCUUCGACGACUCCCUCUUCGUGGUCGAGGAGCAGAACCUCUUCAUCGACGAGGUCCGCGAGUCGACCCGCUGGGCCGCCGUCCUCGAGGACGUCUUCUCUCCCUCUUCCUCGUCUUCUUCAGCCACCGCCACCACCACCGCCCUGACGCAGUGGACGUCCUCCGGCCUCGACGCCCUCCUGGGCCUCGUCUCCCCCGACGACGCCGUCGACGGACCCCUCGGCUGGGCCUCGGACCCCCAGGUCUACGCCGUCUGCGCCCGCGUCCUCGUCUGCGCCGCGGCGCUGACACGGACGGGCGCCGCCGGCGCGGAGCUGCUGCGGAACAAGCUGGAGCGGUUCCGGAGCGCGGGCCGGCGCGGCCGCCUGCACGGGCUGCUGCUCGACUUGGCGGCCGUCUAG